AUGCCAGAGCUUCAUCCUGUUCUCUCUGGAGAGCAGAUCUUGGAGCAAGUAGUAUCUAACAAGAAGUACUUCAACAAUACGCAGAAUGUAGAAGAACCAGAUAUUAAUGCAAUCAUGUCCAGUUCGGAUAAUGCGCUUUUAGCAGAAAUCGGGUAUAAGGCUGAAUUGACUAGAAACUUCUCAACGUUACAGGUUUUCGGUGUCGCUUUUUCUAUCAUGGGGCUACUCCCUUCCAUUGCGUCAGUUACUGCAACGGCUUUAACUGCAGGUCCUGCCGGUGCUCUCUGGGGAUGGAUCAUAGCGUCGCUUUUCAUCUUAACUAUCGGUGUCGGUAUGGCCGAAUUGGGGUCUGCUAUGCCUACUUCGGGUGGGUUAUACUACUGGACUAACUAUUUUAGUCCACCCAAAUAUAAGACCGUUAUCUCAUACUUGGUCGGAAACACCAACUCAAUUGCCCUUGUUGGUGCCUUAUGUAGUGUUGACUACGGAUUCGCACAGGAAGUCUUGAGUAUUGUGGUGAUUGCAAAAGAUGGUGAUUUCACGUUGACCCCAGCCAAAAAUUAUGGUGUUUUCGUUGCUUGUGUUGUGGCCCAUAUUUUCGUUACGUGUGCUUCCUCGAAACACAUUUCCAAAUUGCAAACUGCUUCAAUUAUCGUUAACAUACUUAUCAUUGUAUUGUACAUUAUCGCCCUUCCAAUUGGAGCUAGCCCAAAUUUCAAAGAUGGGAAAUACAUUUUUGGUCAAUUAGAUAAUUACUCUACAUGGCCAAAGGGUUGGCAAUUUGUACUCUCCUGGAUGCCAGCAAUCUGGACUAUUGGCGCCUUUGAUAGUUGUGUUCAUAUGUCUGAAGAAGCUCAUAAUGCCACAAGGUCUAUUCCAAUUGGUAUUUUGGGUUCCAUCACUACUUGCUUCGUUCUUGGUACUGUUAUUAUUAUUGUGACCACGGCAUGCAUUCAAACCGAUGACAUUGCUGGACAUAUUAUUGGAACUGAUCUCGGCCAACCUAUGGCUCAAAUCAUUUACGAUGCUUUGGGAAAAAAGUGGGCCAUUGCUUUCAUGAUUUUGAUCGCCAUUGCUCAAUUUAUGAUGGGUGCCUCUAUCUUAACAGCGAUCUCUAGACAAAUCUGGGCAUUUGCUAGAGAUAAUGGUUUACCAUUCUCCUUUUGGAUAAAGAAAGUUAACAAAAAGUUAUCAGUCCCAAUCAAUGCAGUUUGGUUUGGUGGUAUUGUUGCCAUCUUAAUAGGUUGUUUGUGUCUUAUCGGACCUGCAGGGUCCAAUGCACUUUUCUCUUUAUACAUUGCUGGGAAUUACUUUGCUUGGGGGACUCCAAUCUUUUUCAGAUUGACAACUGGUAGAAGUAAGUUCAAGCCUGGUCCAUUUUAUUUAGGGAAAUUUUGGUCUCCUGUUAUUAGUUGGACUGCUGUCGCCUUUAUUGUAUUUGUAAUUAUUAUGGUUAUGUUCCCAGCAGGUGUAAACCCUGACAGGGAGACAAUGAACUACACCUGUGUCAUCACACCAGGGGUUUGGAUCCUUUCACUUGUUUACUACAUGGUAUAUGCUCACAAAAACUACCACGGUCCUUGUAAGACUGUGGAUAUUGAUGAAAGCGAAGGAAUUUCUAUCGAGGGAAUUGAUGCUGCAUUGGACGAAGAAGAAAGAUCAAAUGAGAAAGCCUGA